AUGAAAAUGUGGCAACACUGUUUCUAAUGUUAUGUGUCGCACGGUGCUGGAAUGUUGGAUGUAGCAAUAUGACGACGGCGAAUAAUAAGUGAAAGUCAAUUUAAGUUAGGUUGCUAUUUAUUUUGAGCCACGUUUCUAUAAGUUUCUUCAACUUUACUUGUCACAACCAUGCCACGGAGAUAUUAAAGCAGUCGCAAACUUUAUUUCAAUCACCAGCAACAUCACUUCAUCAAAAUGACAUAUACCACAAUGACUGCAGUUAGAAAACGGUCUGCACUUCACAGUUCCAGUGUAAACGAGCAUCUGAGUGGAACAGCAUCAUCGGAAAAAGUUGUGCAAUCAUCGAAAUCAAUCCAUGAUAUUACGAGAACUCAUCCAACCGCUUAUCUAAUAUUCGCGUCCCUUAUAAUGGAUUUGCUAGCUUUCACCAUGAUUCUUCCACUGUUACCGUCUAUGUUAGAGUACUAUAAGAAUCACGAUAUUGGUGGAUACUACGAGUAUCUAUCAGAUAAUAUCAGCUACUUCCAAGAGUGGCUAGGUGCACCAAAGCGCUUCAAUUCCGUGUUAUUCGGCGGUGCGUUAGGAUCUAUGUUCAGUUUGCUACAGUUUAUCGUUAGUCCUAUUGUUGGAGGGUUAUCAGAUAUAUAUGGUCGCAAGCCAGUAUUAAUCGUCUGUGCCAUUGGAAUAGCUGCUUCAUAUGGAUUAUGGGCAUAUUCAAAUAAUUUCUUGCUUUUUAUUUUGGCCCGCUUUAUUGGUGGGCUCAGCAAGGGAAACAUUUCUAUUUGUAUGGCUGUAAUCACAGAUGUAUCUAACCAACAAAAUCGUGGAAAGGCAAUGGCGCUGGUUGGAAUCGCAUUUUCUCUAGGUUUCAUUGUAGGUCCUAUGAUUGGAGCUAUGUUUUCUCGAUUUGCGAACAAAACACAUUCCCGUUGGUUUUGGCUACCAGCGACCUUUGCUAUGGGUCUAGCGUUAUUGGAUGUUUUAUUUAUCGCAAUAUGUUUGAAGGAAUCAUUGCCAAUACAUAAAAGAUCGAAAAAAAUCAUUAAUACGCUGUCGCAUGCUGUCGACCACAUCAGUAUACCAGCUUUAUUCAAGUUUUCAGCUGUGAAAAAUAUUUCCAAACGAGACGUUACCUCACUUCGCAGUCUUGGAAUGGUGUACUUCACUUACUUAUUCAUCUAUUCAGGAUUGGAGUUUACAGUUACAUUUUUAAUGUACCAUAAGUUUAACUAUACGUCAAUAGAUCAGGCCAAGAUGUUCCUGACGACUGGCGUUGUCAUGGCGCUUCUUCAAGGGUCCGUGGUACGAAGACUUCCUCAAAGUUCAACACAUAUUGCUGCCGUAGCUGGCCUGUACUUAAUCAUUCCUGCGUUUGUAUUAGUCGGAAUAGCUGAAUCGUCUCAAAUACUGUAUUUGGGGAUGAUUUUAUUUGCUAUAUCUACUGCAUUUGUGGUUACUUGUAUGACCACCCUUAUAUCAAAAUAUGGCGAUUUUCAUCAAAAAGGAACUGUUCUAGGUGUUUUUCGUUCACUUGGUGCACUUGCUCGUGCACUUGGCCCGAUUGUAGCGUCUGUUGCAUUCUGGAGUUUUGGAUCAAAAAUUACUUAUAUUACUGGUGGAGUUCUUCUGCUUCUUCCAACACUUAUGAUGCAGCGACUAAAGUUGUCCUAAUGUAAAUAUGUAGUUUUGGCAUUGAUGCUGCAACGAGUUAUGAAGUUUUUUGUUGUGCACUUUCAUCUACAAACAUCUAUAAUACUCCAGCAAACAGUAUUUGUUUUUUUUUUAUGAUUUUCAAUUUUUGUAAUAUACACAUUGUGAUACAA